AUGUACAGAUUAUUAUGUGAAGAAAUUUACGCUCUCGAUGAUGACAACGUGGACCCAGCCACUGUUAAAGAACGUCUUGUAGUUUUAAUCGGUCGUCACACGCUCACUUUAACUAUAAUUAACACUAUAAAGGAUCUGUACAGUAUGCCUAUAGGUAUUAAUUUUGGCAUCAAUGCUAUAUGCAUCAUAUUGUCAUUUGCCUUACCUUGGGAAGAAUGGGUAAAUUUAUCUCCUGUGUACAUAUAUUGUUUCCUUGUAUUCUUUCUCUACUGUCAUUUGUGUCAAACGUUGAUCAACGCGUCGGAGGAAUUUGAGAAUGCAGUAUACAGUUGUGGUUGGGAGAAGUUUGACCUGAAAGAGCAGAAGACGAUAUAUGUGAUGUUGUUACAAGCUCAAAAGCCUGUGACGCUUUUGGCGGCGGAUAUCGUACCAGUUAAUAUUUACACUUUCGCAACGACUAUGCAAGCUAUUCGGCCUUGCAAAUUUAAUGUUAAGCCUCGACGUUGUGAAUAUGAUUUCGUAAUACGUCCAAUCUUGGAUGAAGAGGGAAGGCCAAGUCUGACCAUCAAUGAUCAAAGCCCGGGUCCGGCUGUUCAUGUGUGUAUGAAUGAUGUAGUGGUGGUCAAAGUAAAGAACGAAAUCCCGAAUCAGGAUGUAACUCUCCACUGGCACGGGAUUGAACAGAAAGGAACCCCGUAUAUGGAUGGUGUGCCCAUGAUAACGCAAUGUCCCAUUUCCUAUGGAUCCAUUUAUCAAUACUCAUUUAUUGCAUCUUCUCCUGGCACUUUCUUCUAUCAUGCUGAUUCAGUGGUACAUCAGAGUGAUGGAAUAUACGGAAGUCUUAUUGUGGAUCAGCCGCAGCCUCUCGAGCCUAAUGGUGCUCUAUACGAUUACGACCGGAGCAAAGAACACACAUUCUUGAUAGCCGCUAGAUUUUCUGAACUAUUGACCUCAAGACUAGAGGAUAAAAGCGAAAUUCGGCCCGAGAGUCUGGUAAUCAAUGGUGAUAAUUUUACUCCUAAGAUUUACGUGAUGACGGGAUACUCAUACCGGUUGCGUUUUAUUAACGCAAUCGCCUUAGAAUGUCCAAUCGUUGUAAAUGUACAGCGGCAUGCGAUGGUGGUUAUUGCGACUGAUAGCAAUCCUGUUAAACCAGUGACCAACGGAGCCUUCAGACUCUAUCCAGGAGAGCGAGUAGAUGUUGUACUGCGAGCGGACCAGCCUAGCGGUGGUUUUUGGAUGCAAAUUUCAGGGGAAGGUGCUUGUGAGACACUUAAAACGCAUAUUAUGCUUAUUUACUCAGGCUUUAAUUACACUUCAAUGUUGGAACAAGGACCGAAUGCUGAGUCGGAGAUCGGUACCUUCAUCGAAAGUGAAAAAUAUUUGUCACUUAAAGAUUCUCAAGUUCCACCUAAAGCUAAAUCUAUAUACUUACGUAUUGACAGGAAUAGUUUUGAUGUCAAAGACAGUGAUUUAGAUUUCCGUUAUCGAAGUGACGCUAUGAAGAAGAAACCUUUCUACCCUGCGGCGUUAUCUCUCCAUGACGGUGUUGUACAAAUCAACGGUAAAAACUUCCUUUAUCCAAACGCCGUAUAUCUAUUAAAGCCUCGUGAAGUGCGUCCUGAUAUAUUUUGUUAUGUUGAGGAGGAACAGAAACACAAGGAGCCUCAAUGCCUGCAAGUUUUAAAAGCUGAAAUUAAUGAACCAAUAGAGCUACUAUUGGCUAACGAAGGUUUCGGUAGUAACAAUUCCUACACAUUCCACAUGCACGGCUACAGUAUGCAGAUUAUUUCAACAUGGCGAAAUCCCUCCAAAAAACCAUUUACUAGAGAAGAGUUUAUGAAAUUAGACGAAAAUAAUUUGAUUGUGAGAAACUACGUGAAUCCGCCAGUAAAAAAUACCAUACAUGUUCCUAAUAAGGGCUUGACUGUCGUACGUUUCACUCCCACUUUCGGUGGAAGCUGGCUCUUGGAAUGCAGAUCUUGUUCCCUUUCAAUACCUGUCGCGUUGCUCGUUAGUGUCCCCCUGUCGAUACCAAAGUCGGUCUUAACUGCAGCACACUGCGUGCAAGGUUCGUGGUUAAUGAGAUGGCUCCCGAUGGAUGCUGUGGCCGGUGUUCAUAAUAUAAAUAGAUUUGGAAAAGAGGCACAGAUUAAUACGAUCGACCAACGCAUUCCACAUCCGUUAUAUGAAGGAGGUAUCGGUGGAUAUGACAUCGCUCUGCUCGGUUUGCGUACGCCAUUCGUAUUCACCGAUCAAGUCCAGCCAAUCAAUCUUCCUUACACUUCUAAAAUUUCAAACGAAUCUCUUCUUCUCGUCGGAUGGGGAGCUUUGAGGACAACAAACUUCAUACCUGACCUACCAGACGAAUUACAAGAAGUCAAAGUGACGUAUAUCCCGUACCAACAAUGUUACGACGCUAUUGAAGAAAUAAAGGAAACUACUGAAAAUAAUCCUCUCGAUAAAGAAGCUCAUUUAUGUACUGGGCCCCUAACUGGAGGCAUCGCAGCUUGUAGUGGAGAUUCAGGUGGCCCUCUGGUACAAAUGACUUCCUUAGAAGCCUUGAAUAAUAGAGAGGAAAAGGAUAAUGAUUAUGAUGAAUACUAUAAUGACAAAAGGCUGAUUAGAAGUGAAAAAGUAGUGCCAGAUAUAAGUCGUGAACAAGUGCCUUUUAUUAUUGGGAUUGUGUCUUGGGGUAUGGCUCCUUGUGGAUCUAAAGGAGCUCCAACGGUUUACACAAAUGUAUCACAAUAUAUGGAUUUCAUUAACGCACAUAUUAAAACGUAA